GUCGGAGCGCACCGCGAGGAUGGGGUCAGCCUCCGCGGGAGCCACUCGCUCGUGCCAAACCAGGUGCCGGUCCCACAGCUGCCCGUCCAGUCCGCCACGUCUCCGGAUUUGAACCCGCCCCAGGACCCGUACAGGGGCAUGCCGGCCGGGCUGCAAGGGCAGAGCGUCUCUUCGGGCAGCUCCGAAAUCAAAUCCGACGACGAGGGAGACGAAAACCUCCAGGACACAAAGUCUUCUGAGGACAAGAAACUAGAGGAUGACAAGAAGGAUAUCAAAUCAAUUACUAGCAAUAACGACGACGAAGACCUGACACCGGAGCAGAAGGCCGAGAGGGAAAAGGAAAGGAGAAUGGCCAACAACGCUCGGGAGCGCCUGCGCGUCCGCGACAUCAACGAGGCUUUCAAGGAGUUGGGCCGGAUGGUGCAGCUCCACCUGAAGAGCGACAAGCCCCAGACCAAACUCCUGAUUUUACACCAGGCCGUGGCUGUCAUCCUCAGCUUAGAGCAGCAAGUCAGAGAAAGGAACCUGAAUCCGAAAGCGGCGUGUCUGAAAAGAAGGGAAGAAGAGAAAGUGUCUUCAGAUCCUCCUCCGCUUUCCCUGGCGGGACCCCACCCUGGGAUGGGAGAUGCCUCCAAUCACAUGGGACAGAUGUAA